GGCCGCUCAACAAUGAUAAUCAAUCUCAAGCCCGAGCAAUUUCAUCUUCCGCCUAGACGAGCAAAGAAAUCAGUAACACUGGCCAAUAAUUAGUCAAGCUCCUUCAGAAUGGACAAAGGUCGAAAGUAGCGGCAACAUCUCAGUCUUCAACAGGUGUAAUUAGCCGAAUUCUCUAGAUUGGUGCCACUAGCCCAACGAAGGGCCCCAAGUGACACCGAUGAUCGGUAAUUAGACUAAUUCUUUAGAUCGGUGCCACUAACCCAACGAAAGGCCCCAAGUGACACCGAUGAUCGGUAAUCAGACCAAUUUUUUAGAUCGGUGCCACUAACCCAACGAAGGGACCCAAGCGACACCGAUGACCGGCAAUCGAACCAAUUCUUUAGAUCGGUGCCACUAACCCAACGAAGGGUCCCAAGCGACACCGACAACCGACAACCGACAAUAGGCUUAACUCCUUCCUCUGCAACAAGUGACACCACGUUCAAAUCACUUCAAGUAGCAAAGAAAUCAGGCCUCGUUAUUAUUAAAUAGGUCCACUUGUGGAAUACAGCCCAAGCCUUUAAAAAUGGGAAGGCUUAAAUUCUGGACAGGACCAAUAUUUAUUAAAAACAGUCCAGGUUCCCAUUCCCUUGGUCGUCUUCACGCAGCAUCAAGCAAUCGAUCGUGCUUUUCUCAAUCCUCGCCAAAAACGCAACAAACACCGCCAUCAGCUUCAUCUGCAACGGCAAAGCAUCAGCGAACUCCGCAGGCUGCAGCAACAGCAGAGCAUCGGCCUCCCGUCAUCUUCUCCAGCAUCAAUUCGAAUUCUGGCCGGCAACUUCUCACAGCGAUGACAACACUCCGGUUCUUCUCUCUCCGGCAAAUUAGGACGGCGACUCUUCCAGGAUUUUUCUUCUGUUAGCCAGCAACUAAUCAGAGCAAUCGGUAGCCACCCUCCAUGAAAUCUCGUUCACUGCUCACCCUCAGAAAUAAAUUGACUUUGAGUUGCGGCACCAACAAACUCUCUGGCCGGAAGCAUCUCUACCUGAAACUCUCCCCUACAAUUUGAUAGAAAGAAAAGAGAAGGGCUGGAAAAAAAAAAUAAGAGCCAAUAUACCUUUUGAUUUGCUUUGGCUGAGCCGAUUUCUCCUUCUGAAGCUUCUAAGUAAAAAAAAAAUUGUUAUACGAAGUUAAAUGCAGAAUGCAAAUUUUGGGUUCUAUUUAUAGACGGUAAUAAAAGUUAGAUCCGAUUUAUGUGCUAUAGAAUUCAAGUCCGGAUAGAAGUUCGAUCAUUAUUAUUUUGAGUUGGAGGAUUUGAUUCAUAUUUGGAAACAUGUGAGGAAAGAAUCGGGUAGUAUUCCUAUGUAUAUUGAAUAGUUGGGCUGAGUGGGAUAAUGAAGAGG